AUAUGGAUAGGCCACUUCAGGUUUAAUGAUUUUAUUACGUCAUAGCCAAAGCUUGCAUCAUUUGUUUUGUCAUCAUUUAAGAUCGAAUUACAGAUUUUCAUGCUUCGUAGUGGUUAGAUUUGCUCGAAAAAUGUCAGUUUCUGUGAAAUACACGAAGUUGUUCUACAACAAUGAGUGGCAUGAAGCCAAAUCUGGGAAGACCUUUGAAACAGUCAAUCCAGCUGAUGGAACCAAACUAGCUGAUAUAUGUGAGGCUGAUAAAGCUGAUGUGGACGUUGCUGUUGAACUUGCGAAGAAAGCGUUCCAAAUUGGAUCUGCCUGGAGAUCAAUUGAUGCUUCCAAAAAAGGAAUGCUGCUUCUGAAGUUGGCAGAUCUAUUUGAGCGAGACAUUGAGUACAUGGCGGAGCUGGAAACGGCCGAUUGCGGAAAAUUGUUCCAGGAUUCCAAGGACGACAUCAAAUUCACAGCUGGUGUCAUCAGAUACUACGCGGGUUGGUGUGACAAGAUCUGUGGACAGAAUAUUCCCUGUGACGGCGACUACUUUGCCGUGACAAAAAAACAACCAGUUGGAGUCUGUGCUGCUAUCACUCCAUGGAACUACCCAAUUGCCAUGUUCACUCUGAAACUAGCGCCUAUCCUAGCCUGUGGCAAUGUGUUCAUUGGUAAACCAGCCGAGCAGACCCCUCUCACUGCUCUAUACAUAGCUGCCCUGUGCAAGGAGGCGGGCUUUCCUCCCGGAGUAGUGGCCAUUUUACCUGGAUACGGACCUACGGCGGGAGCUGCUUUAGCCAACAAUAUGGAUGUGAACAAAAUAACUUUCACGGGAUCCACAGAAGUGGGCAAACUGAUCAUGAAAGCCUCGGGCGACUCCAACUUGAAACGAGUGACACUUGAACUGGGCGGUAAAAGUCCCAACAUCAUUUUUUCCGAUUAUGACAAUUUAGAAUACGCAGCUAGUGUAGCGCAGGAAGCAGCUAUGACGAACAUGGGUCAAUGUUGUUGUGCGGGAACGCGGACUUUCGUCCAAGAAGGAAUUUAUGAUAAAUUUGUGGAAAUUUCGAAGAUGUUGGCCGAAACCAGAACUGUGGGGAGUCCAAUGAACGAUGACUCUCAGCAUGGACCUCAGAUUGACAGCGAGCAGAAAGGGAAGAUUCUCGACUUGAUUGAAAGUGGGAAGAAAGAGGGAGCCAAGGUUGUGUUCGGUGGCAAAUCUAUGGAUCAGUCUGGAUUUUGGGUGGAGCCAACUGUGUUUGCAGAUGUGGAGGACGGAAUGAGGAUAGCCAAGGAGGAGAUAUUCGGACCAGUCCAGUCCAUAUUCAAGUUCAAGACCCUGGACGAAGUGGUAAAGAGGGCCAAUGACACUCAAUACGGACUGGGUGGUGCUGUUUUUACGAAAGAUAUUGACAAGGCGUACACUGUGGCUAGCAGCAUCGAUGCUGGAACUGUAUGGAUUAACUGCUACAAUGCAGGAGAAGCAAACACACCCUUUGGUGGUUUCAAGAUGUCCGGAAUAGGACGAGAAUACGGAGAAGAGUCUCUGAACAAUUACUUGGAAACAAAAACUGUCAUUUUGAAAGUGCCCCAGAAGAUUAACUGAGUUGCACGUAGACACGUAUCAUUGAAACUUUAUCCAAAUAGUGAAACUCAAACUAUAUGACAUAUUGAUUUAAAGCAGAAAAAGGUGUGUGCUACCUUUGAAAUGUAUCAUGAUGGAAUCAUUCUUAAUUGCUAUGAAGAAUCAGCUCUUUACGUU